ACAAAGGAAACAAAAACAUCCGAAUUGGUGUCCGGUCCACUUUCACUUCGACCCACUGCCUGGCGUACUGCGUAUAACCUAUGCCGAUUAUGUUCUUCCUUCAGAGCUAUUCAGAAAUCAAAGCUACAUAAAACAUCUCAUCCCUUGGUAUGAACAAACAUAUUCUUCGGGCACAAGAUAACGAAACAGACGGCGCAAAUUUACUUCUGGACAUGAAAUUAACCCCAUAGAGCGGUACGAUACUCUCUCAGCAUCGUAGGAAAUCCAUUGACUGGGAACCGAGGGGAAUACCACUCCACCAGUUAAGGAAAGGGAAGCCAAGUGGAUAUACUGAGGCUGAGAGACAAUGUUUUCAUGUGUGAGUUUGUUUCAUAGCCACACCGUGAUCCAAAAUGCAGUGAGGGUACAUUCCUAGCACGUCAGUGAUAUCGGUCGGCUAAUGUACAAAACCAAGAGGAGAGUCAGGAACAACCCACACCGGCCUCAACAUGGCCACGGCUCAGAAAUGCGUCAUCAGUCAGUGCUGCUGUGGAUGCAGCCUCAGGAGGGCGGCGCUCCUCAUCGCCGCCGCUUUCGUGCUCGUGGACAUCGCCUUCUGGGCGUACAACGUUGGGGAGCUUGUGAAGGCGCGCCUGGACUGGCUCCUGUGGACAGUCUUCGGCCUCGAGACAGCCAACCUCAUAAUGGACUGCGUGCUGCUGGUGGGCGUCCUCAAGGAAAACUACAGAGCAAUAAUGGCAUGGGUGUGGGUGUCAGUCGUCCAGGUAGUGCUGACAGUCAUCGCAUCCAUAGUGUCCGCCUUCUUCGUCAGCCCCGCCCCCGUGUCCGCCGCUGUCGUCAUCGCCGGUGUCCUCUUUGCUCUCGCCUACAGCAGCGCCGUCGUCGUCGUCCGCUCCUUCGGGUUGACGCUACGUUCCUCCGAAGAGAGCACCGCGUGAUGCCUAGCGAUGGCGUGAUGGAGCAUUAAUCUCUGUUCGUCGUCUGUUCGUCGUCAUCGUGGUGACAAGCAGACCCACGCCCUAAUAAUGAAGAGGGCACUGCCUUUGCUUGGUGAAGGAAGCACACCAGUUAUCAUCAAAAGCAAAGAGAAACGGUUCAUAUUAUACCAUGGCUAGCUGUGAUCAUUUUCCAAAGAUGAAGCACGCAUAAUAUAGGUAUCUAAGGAACGGAAGUCCAAAGCACUGCAGUAGUUAUGAUAUAUUUCACUGAUGACUGUUUCCCAUUCGUGGCAGAAAAUGUCAUAAUGUGUAAUAAAUAUAUAUAUAUUUUUUA